CUUAAUUAACCCUGCGCUCCCAGGAGCGAGUUGGUGAGUAGGGCGCAGCGGGGACGACUGCCAGCAGGCGCGCACGCUCUUAGAGAAACUUUCCCCGCCAAAGGCCCGGGGGGACGCGGGUGUACCCCGCUUGCCAGAGCGCUGUUGCGGCCCCGAAACUUCUGCGCGCAGCCCAAACUAACCUCACGUGAAGUGACGGACUGUUCUAUGACUGCAAAGAUGGAAACGACCUUCUAUGACGAUGCCCUCAACGCCUCGUUCCUCCAGUCCGAGAGCGGAGCUUAUGGCUACAGUAACCCCAAGAUCCUGAAACAGAGUAUGACCCUGAACCUGGCCGACCCAGUGGGGAGCCUGAAGCCGCACCUUCGCGCCAAGAACUCGGACCUCCUCACCUCGCCCGACGUGGGGCUGCUCAAGCUGGCGUCUCCCGAGCUGGAGCGCCUCAUCAUCCAGUCCAGCAAUGGGCACAUUACCACCACGCCGACCCCCACCCAGUUCUUGUGCCCCAAGAACGUGACAGACGAGCAGGAGGGCUUCGCCGAGGGUUUCGUGCGCGCCCUGGCCGAGCUGCACAGCCAGAACACACAUCCCAGCGUCACGUCGGCGGCGCAGCCGGUCAGCGGGGCGGGCAUGGUGGCUCCCGCGGUGGCCUCGGUGGCGGGGGGCAGUGGCAGCGGCGGCUUCAGCGCCAGCCUGCACAGCGAGCCGCCGGUCUACGCCAACCUCAGCAACUUCAACCCCGGAGCGCUGAGCAGCGGCGGCGGGGCGCCCUCCUACGGCGCGGCCGGCCUGGCCUUUCCCGCGCAACCCCAGCAGCAGCAGCAGCCGCCGCAGCCGCCCCACCACUUGCCCCAGCAGAUGCCGGUGCAGCACCCGCGACUGCAGGCCCUGAAGGAGGAGCCUCAGACAGUGCCCGAGAUGCCCGGCGAGACGCCGCCCCUGUCCCCCAUCGACAUGGAGUCCCAGGAGCGGAUCAAGGCAGAGAGGAAGCGCAUGAGGAACCGCAUCGCUGCCUCCAAGUGCCGAAAAAGGAAGCUGGAGAGAAUCGCCCGGCUGGAGGAAAAAGUGAAAACCUUGAAAGCUCAGAACUCGGAGCUGGCGUCCACGGCCAACAUGCUCAGGGAACAGGUGGCACAGCUUAAACAGAAAGUCAUGAACCACGUUAACAGUGGGUGCCAACUCAUGCUAACGCAGCAGUUGCAAACGUUUUGAAGAGAGACUGUCGGGGACUGAGGGGCAACGGAGAAAAAAAUAACAGAGACAGACUUGAGAACUUGACAAGUUGCAGCGGAGAGGAAAAAGAAGUGUCCGAGAACUAAAGCCAAGGGUAUCCAAGUUGGACUGGGUUGCGUCCUGACGGCGCCCCCAGUGUGCACGAGUGGGAAGGACUUGGCGCGCCCUCCCUUGGCGUGGAGCCAGGGAGCGGCCGUCUGCGGGCUGCCCGGCUUUGCGGAUGGGCUGUCCCCGCGCGAACGGAACGUUAGACUUUUCGUUAACAUUGACCAAGAACUGCAUGGACCUAACAUUCGAUCUCAUUCAGUAUUAAAGGGGGGAGGGGGAGGGGGUUACAAACUGCAAUAGAGACUGUAGAUUGCUUCUGUAGUACUCCUUAAGAACACAAAGCGUGGGGGGGAGGGUUGGGGAGGGGCGGCUGGAGGGAGGUUUGUGAGAGCGAGGCUGAGCCUGCAGAUGAACUCUUUCUGGCCUGCCUUCGUUAACUGUGUAUGUACAUAUAUAUUUUUUUUAAUUUGAUGAAAGCUGAUUACUGUCAAUAAACAGCUUCAUGCCUUUGUAAGUUAUUUCUUGUUUGUUUGUUUGGGUGUCCUGCCCAGUGUUGUUUGUAAAUAAGAGAUUUGGAGCACUCUGAGUUUACCAUUUGUAAUAAAGUAUAUAAUUUUUUUAUGUUUUGUUUCUGAAAAUUCCAGAAAGGAUAUUUAAGAAAAUGCAAUAAACUAUUGAAAAGUACUCCCCUAACCUCUUUUCUGCAUCAUCUAUAGAUACUAGCUAUCUAAGUGGAGUUGAAAGUUAAGAAUGUCAAUUAAAAUCUCUCUCAGUGCUUCUUACUAUCAAGCAGUAAAAACUGUUCUCUAUUAGACUUUAGAAAUAAAUGUACCUGAUGCUAUGGUCAGGUUAUAUACUCUUCCCCCAGCUGUCUAUAUGGAAUUGCUUACCAAAGGAUGGUUCGAUGUUUCAGGAGGCUGGAAGAACGGGUUGGGGGGUUGCAGUGAAGAGGGACGGCCCACUGGGAACUCAAACAUUUCAAAGUUUGAGAUUGUAUCAAGUGGCAUGUGCUGUGACCAUUUAUAAUGUUAGUAGAAAUUUAACAAUAGAUGCUUAUUCUCAAAGCCAGAAUAGGUGGCAGAUUUUACAAAAAAUGUAUCCUUCCAAUUUGGAAUCUUCUCUUUGACAAUUCCUAGAUAAAAAAGAUGGCCUUUGCUUAUGAAUAUUUAUAACAGCAUUCUUGUCACAAUAAAUGUAUUCAAAUACCAAUAA